AUGGUUACUCCAGUGUUCUCCAUACUGGGCUACAUCUACUCUCUGAGCCUCCUGCCUCUGCUGCUGCCUGGUUCGAGCCAGGGCAGUCCCAUCAUGUCACCUGAGGAGUUUCGAAGGGGCCCUGGGGCUAGAAGUCUGGUGGAUACCUCCAUGUUGGAGCAGAAUGAAGACCUGGACAUGCAGGACUUUCAGGGUCAGUUUCUGUCCACGUUGAACCUCACAGAGCUGGGCCCCCGGCCAAGGCCCCGUGCGGCCCGUAAAGAGCCACCAGAAUACAUGCUGGAACUGUACAACCGCUUUUCCAACGAUCGCACGGCCAUGCCCUCUGCCAACAUAGUGCGUAGUUUCAAGAAUGAAGAUUCCUCCUUCUACAGUGUGACGGUCAGGGGCGUGAGGACACACCCCCUGCUGUUCAACAUCUCCAUCCCCCACCACGAGCACAUCCUCACCGCCGAGCUCCGCCUCUACACCCUGGUUCAGAGGGAUCGCAGAUGCUAUGCCGGCCUUGACCGCAAGGUGACCAUCUACAAGAUCCACGAGGGGGGGCACAGGAGGAAAGAAGAGGGGAGGGACGGAAGAAGGAAUGAGCAGGAGACAGACAAAAUGGAGGAAAUGGAGGAGCUGGCAACCCGGCAAUUCUACGGUAAAGACGAUGCCUGGAUUACCUUCGACCUGACCCAUCAGGUCAACCUUUGGUGGAAGGCAGAGAGCUCCACCCACCGACUGGAGGUCCACAUUGCAAGUCUGGGUUCUGAUGGUGGGAAGACCCCCCAGGUCAGAGAAGAGGAUGGAAGGAAAGAGUUGGUUGAUGUGGAUGUUGACAUGGGCUCAGAUGGUAAACACAUGCCAGUGGUGAUUGUGUUCUCAGAUGAUCAGAACAGAGACCAUCGUGAGGAGGACAAGCGGGAGCUCAACCAGUUUACAGAACAUGAGAAUGACCUGCCGGCUGACCUGGAGCCGAGUCCACAGGCGAAUUGGGGGUACCAGGCUGUGAGCGAUGCUAGGAACACUGAUGGAGAGGAGCUGGACGAGGAGACUCUCAUGCAACUGCACUCCAACCUCAUUUACGACACGCCUCCCCGAAUCCGCCGCAACACCAAGGGUGACCCCUGUAAGAAGACCCCACUCUAUGUGGAGUUUAAGGACAUUGGCUGGGAUACCUGGGUCAUACAGCCCCUGGGCUAUGAAGCCUAUGAGUGCAAUGGUGUAUGCAACUACCCUAUGACCUCUGAGGUCUCGCCUACCAAGCACGCCAUUGUCCAGAGUCGGCUGAGCAGUAAGAUUCCACAGAAGGCGUCACCAGCCUGCUGUGUUCCCACCAAGCUAGAGCCCAUCUCACUCCUUUACGUCGAGGACGGAGGAGUGGUCACCUACAUGCACAAGUACGAGGGCAUGGUGGUGUCAGAAUGCGGCUGUAGAUAG